AUAAUUGCAGCCAACGUAUAAUCGACAGCACAAUAGAGUAUCACGAUGCCGGCAGAACAGGCGUCAGUCGAAGUCCGUCGCAAAGCAGCCCGUGAGGUUAUCGACAUUCUUCACGAGAUCGCAACUCUACUCAACACACACCUCGACCGUCAACAGCUCUCCUACUGUGUAUCUUUGAUUGAGAACGGUGCAAACCCUGAAGCCUUAGCAUCAGUGAUCCAGCAACUGCGCGAGCAGUAUCCAUUAUCGUCAGUUGACGGCGAUGCAGAGGUCUGAAGAUAAAACUGUAAGCGCGCGCUGACCGUAAUCGGUCACCGAAACCUGUGCAGCCUUGCACAAGCGCAACUAUGUUUUAGAUCGUCAGGCAAGGUCAGCCAACUGCAUAUGGGCGUCUGCCUAUGGAUUCAAAGCGGAUCCUGCCGCUAUCUUCGGGAAACGUAGAGGCAGUGUCGGUUGCCGAGCGUUAGUGUUGGUGUUGGAUUCCCGAUUACCGACAUCCCUGGACGACCCGCAUGCAUCUUGGCCAGAAAGCUUGGGACGAAGUCUGAUGGAGGGGGAAUGCGGGGCACAGUUGGGCGCGCCAAGGGCUGGCUAUCAGCCACAUGCACUGUUAUCAAACUCCUAGGAUGAUGCGAUAAGGUGGAAGCACGAUGGCUGUACGGGACGGCAGUCCUUUGUUCCAGCAGCUGAAAGAGGGGUUGAAAGUCACCACCACGCGGAGUUCUCGGAAAGCGAUCAUGCAACUAGCAACUUAG